UGAUGUCCUUCCUACCAAAUUAAAACUUUCAUUUUCUUUGCCUGCUUUCACUCCUUGUUCGGAUAUUUCUACUAAAAUCCUCAUUCCUCCAUCAUUCACUUCUCUACUAAAAACCUUAAUCCCAAAUACCCACGAAACAAUUUCUCAAUUUCGGAUCUGAUGGGUCAUCUCACAAAAGUCUUCUCUUCUCCCACAAAGCUCCAAUCUUGAAAUUUCUAUUUAUCUUCUUCUUCAGAUAUAUAAAGAAAGUAUCUUUCCUACUGAAUUUUCACUUUUUUAAACUAAGCACAUAUGGCAGCUGCAUUUAGAUCGAAACACAGAGCCUCUAUGGCUAUAACCCACUUCAGAUACUUCAUCAUCAAUGAUUUUCAUACGGGUCGUUUACCCAAUUUCCAUUUAUGUACCCGAACCAGCAAAUGGGACAAUUUGCUCUCAAACUCGUCUGCUCCUCAUAAUUCUUCUUUAUUCAAGCCUGUUUCAUUUCUUGGUGAAUUCAAGAGUUCACAGAAUUAUUCAAAUAGGAAGAAUAAUAAUAAGAAUAAAGAGAAAAUCAGCAUGUCUUCUAGUAGUAACUAUGGAGGGGAGCCACCUGAGAUUUGGCAGCCACCUGGUGGUGAGGGAAUUAUGGUUCGUCCAGGUGUCAAGUUUGUUCAGGCUGGUGAAGGGGAGGGGGGUCCCGGACCGGGUUCUGGAGGUGGGUUUGGUUCCGGGUCAAAAGAUGGGUUAUGGGGUGGAUCCAAUUUGGGUUCCCAUUUUCCUACACCCAAGCAGCUGUGUAAAGGGCUUGAUAAGUUUGUUAUUGGACAGGAGAGAGCUAAAAAGGUUCUUUCUGUAGCCGUAUAUAAUCAUUACAAGAGAAUAUAUAAUGACUCUUCACAUAAGUGGCCCACAGGAAAUGACAGUAGUGAAAAAGCAGAUGGAGCAGAAAAUGAAUCCGUGGAGCUUGAGAAGAGUAACAUCCUUUUAAUGGGGCCGACAGGUUCAGGGAAGACUUUACUUGCCAAGACCUUGGCUCGAUUGGUGAAUGUUCCAUUUGUGAUAGCAGAUGCGACUACACUAACUCAGGCAGGAUAUGUUGGGGAAGAUGUUGAAUCCAUUCUAUAUAAGCUCCUUACUGUUGCUGACUAUAAUGUAGCAGCUGCUCAGCAAGGCAUAGUGUAUAUUGACGAAGUUGACAAGAUCACGAAAAAGGCUGAAAGCCUCAACAUCAGUAGGGAUGUCUCAGGAGAGGGCGUCCAGCAGGCAUUGUUGAAGAUGCUUGAAGGAACAAUAGUCAAUGUGCCGGAGAAGGGAGCUCGGAAGCACCCUAGAGGGGAUAAUAUUCAGAUUGAUACGAAAGAUAUUCUCUUUAUAUGCGGUGGUGCCUUCAUUGACUUGGAGAAAACAAUAUCAGAGAGGCGCCAAGAUUCUUCUAUAGGGUUCGGUGCACCAGUUCGCGCAAACAUGAGGACUGGUGGUGUUACAAGUGCUGCUGUGACAUCAUCUUUAUUGGAGAUAGUUGAAAGUAGUGAUCUGAUAUCAUAUGGUCUGAUACCUGAGUUUGUUGGACGAUUCCCCAUCCUUGUUAAUCUGUCAGCUUUAACUGAGAAUCAACUUGUGCAGGUUCUAACUGAGCCAAAAAAUGCACUAGGGAAGCAGUACAAAAAGAUGUUCCAAAUGAAUGGGGUAAAGCUGCAUUUCACUGAAGAUGCGUUAAGAUUGAUAGCUAAGAAAGCAAUAUCUAAAAAUACUGGUGCUCGUGGAUUGCGAUCCAUAUUGGAGAGCCUCCUGAUGGAUGCUAUGUAUGAGAUUCCUGAUGUCAGAACAGGCGAUGACAUAAUAGAUGCCGUUGUAGUUGAUGAGGAGUCUGUCGGAGCUGAGGGGCGAGGAUGUGGGGCUAAAAUCCUUUAUGGCAAGGGUGCAUUUGAUCGCCACUUUUCACAGAAUAGUCCAAAGGAUUAUGAGACAAACCUGGAGGGGUCUGACGGAGACCAUGAGGCGGAACAAGAGCUUCCUUCCAUUGUAGCUUUGUAAAUGUUCUGUGAGGUGUAUUUCUGGUCUCACUUGUGUACAGUAAUCUAAAUUCAAAUAAACAGUGUUAAUUUAAUAAGCUCAAUGUGCUUUCAUACUGCAUUUUUGUUGUGUUUUA